UGUCCAUAAAAAGGAACCAAUACCUAUUUUGGCCGGCCCGAUACAAAUUGACGAAGCGCGAACUCCUAGCCCAGCCCAUUUUGUUCUUACAAAUCCAACAGUUGAAAACGAAACCCGGUACGGGUAGUUUUAGCUGCCGGAGUUUCAUCGGAACUGCGAAAAUGGCGGUGUUUCUCGGAAUAGUUCGUCCUCCGUCGCAGCAUUCACUCUUCUCUAUCAUCCGUUUCACUCGCCAAUUUUCAUUCACCAAUAACAAUUCAAUCUCAAUUUCAAAAAAAGCGAAAUUACAAUUCAAACCCUUCUUCACUGCUUCUCUUCAUUCUAGUUCUGCAAGUUCUCGGAAUGGAGAUGAGGUAUCAGCAAAUCAAUCUGAGAUAAUAUUUAUAGGAACAGGAACAAGUGAAGGAAUUCCGCGAGUGAGCUGCCUCACUAAUCCUUUGAAGACAUGCCCUGUAUGCUCAAAGGCUAAAGAACCGGGUAGCAGAAAUAGGAGACUGAACACCAGCAUCCUUAUUCGCCGCACCAGGCCGUCUGGCAACUGUAACUUACUUGUAGAUGUUGGGAAGUUCUUCUACCAUAGUGCUCUGAAGUGGUUUCCUUCUUAUGGGAUAAGAACAAUUGAUGCGGUCAUUAUAACUCAUUCCCAUGCUGAUGCAAUCGGAGGUAUGGAUGAUCUUCGCGAUUGGACUAAUAAUGUCCAGCCCUCUGUUCCUAUUUAUGUGGCCAGUCGUGACUUCGAGGUGAUGAAGAAAACUCACUAUUAUUUGGUAGACAAAAGUAGUGUCGUUGAAGGAGCUGCAGUCUCAGAGUUGCAAUUUAACAUCAUCAAGGAAGAUCCAUUCAUUGUACAUGAUCUUGAGAUAAUUCCUUUACCAGUGUGGCAUGGUCCCGGUUAUCGUUCUUUGGGCUUUCGAUUUGGGAGUACCUGUUAUAUCAGUGAUGCAAGUGAUAUACCCGAAGAAACCUAUCCACUUCUACACGACUGUGAACUCCUUAUCUUGGAUGCUCUGCGACCAGAUAGAUCUUCCUCAACACAUUUUGGACUUCCAAGGGCUCUGGACGAAGUGCGAAAAAUCAAACCAAAAAGAACACUUUUCACUGGCAUGAUGCAUCUCAUGGAUCAUGAAGUAGUAAAUGAAGGGCUACUGAAACUGAAGGAGACAGAAGGCAUCGAUGUGCAACUUAGCUAUGACGGGCUUCGAGUGCCAGUGAGCUUGUAGGCUUUCAGGUCUGACUUGACAAACCUUGCAUCGCACAAAUUUUUGGGGACCAAUGUGACGUCCCUCUAUCCUUGAAUAUGCAUAUUUUAGUUUCAUUUGUGUUGAAGGAUGCUCUUUGUUUACCAAAACAAUUUACAAGCACUAAUUGGAGAUGUUAUUUGUAUCGAAAGACACAAAGGAUUUUAAGUCAGCGGGUGCAAAAUACAAUUGCAUCCACGGUCAUUAUUUUUUUGUGACGAUGGAUACAUACUGCAAACUCAAUAUGAAUAUUAUUUCCAACAAUAUAUAUUUCAAAUUCUUUCA